AACCCACAUUCGGUUACUCUAAAAUUAUUAUACCCCAUAUUAAUCCGUAUUAAUAGUAGACCGGUUUAUGUCCCAACCCGAUUGCAUAAUCUGUUGGCCUUAAUUGAUUGAAAACCCUACACAUAUAUAAAUGAUUUACUAAGCUUUAGGGUUUUCGCUCUCACGAACUCAAAGGUCGCGACUUCCGCAGUUGCAGUCCGCCUAUCUAUCUCUCUCGCCGUCGUCAACAUGGGUAAGACACGUGGUAUGGGAGCUGGGCGCAAGCUGAAAAGGCUUCGGAUUAACCAGAGGUGGGCGGACAAGCAGUACAAGAAGUCUCACCUUGGAAAUGAAUGGAAGAAGCCUUUUGCUGGAUCUUCUCACGCUAAAGGAAUCGUCCUUGAGAAGAUUGGUAUUGAGGCUAAGCAGCCUAACUCUGCCAUCCGUAAAUGUGCUAGAGUUCAGUUGAUCAAGAACGGCAAAAAGAUUGCUGCUUUCGUCCCCAACGAUGGUUGUUUGAACUACAUUGAAGAAAAUGACGAGGUGUUGAUUGCUGGAUUUGGGCGUAAAGGCCAUGCCGUCGGAGAUAUUCCCGGAGUUAGGUUCAAGGUGGUGAAGGUGUCUGGUGUCUCACUCUUGGCCCUUUUCAAGGAGAAGAAGGAGAAGCCUAGGUCUUAGGCUCUACGGCUUAUGAAGCAUUUUUUUUUUGUUAAUGGAUUUUGUUAUUUGAAGACAUACCUCUGUUCUGCUUCGAGAUUCUGGGACAUGUACGACGGAUUUUGAGUUUAAUCUUGUUUUUAUUUCAUUUGCCCUUAAGUAUGCUUUUCUGCCUACAUUAAAGGUUUAAAGCUUUCAAAGCUUUCACAA